AUGCAAGCAUGCACCUUUCUGCAAGUCUUUGCGCACGCUUUGCUCAGCACCGCUGCAAUUCUGCUGAAAGGGGCAUCUUUCCUGCAGUACGUGUUCCAGUCGUACGCAAAGCCCUCAAAGGCCUUCCACGAGGGUGAGGAACACACAGAAGAGAAGCCCAGGCCCACACUGUCAGAGCUGCUGACCACACCCCUGUCGGAGGUCGUCCAGAAGGACGGCUCAAUCGAGUCAUUCCAGGAGCUGCUGGAAGACAUUGCCAACCCAACCAGCCUCGCAACAUUCGACCCUGAAAUGUUCAAGGCCUCCUUAGAAGGUGUGGGCAUUGAGGCAACAAUCAUCAGCUUUGCCCCGUGCCUCGUGCGGAAUGGCAUUGCAGGAGUGUCACUGGAGAACAGCCUCAUCUCUAUAAUCCCAGAGCUGAUCAAGAUCGCACCCACCGGUGUCAAUGUGGAGCCGACGCUCAUCAACAUUUCACCGCAGCUGAUUGACAUCGGCCCAAGGGGCGUCAUUGCGGAGGCGGCUGGCAUCGCAAUUGAGAACCGACUCAUUGAUAUUGCCCCGGGAGGCCGCUCAGAUGCCUUCCUUCCCUGA